AUGACCAGCUCUGAGACAGAACAUUUCUACGACGAUAACUAUGCCAUCCAGAAGCACACUCUUGUUCACAUGCUAAGUCUUCACUAUCGGUCUUUUGUCCGAGGGGUAUUCUUAGGUGUAGAUGCCAAUGACGGCCAGCUAGUCGACGUCCCUUUUGACAAGUAUAACCAGCCAGACCCUAAUGUUUGGAUCAAAUACGCUCUUCGUUCUUCGUACACCAAGCCUUACGGAUCCGUGUCCCUCGUCGGCAUGCAUCAUCCCGCCAACCAACUUCCGUAUCAUUAUUACAUCCACUUCGAACCUCAAGAUAGUGGUCGGGUCAACAAGCUGAUGAACAUCUUCAUGCGUGGUGAUGUCGCUUCUCCUAUUAAAGGCAACAUCCUUGUCAUCUGUUAUCGCUUUGGUAAUGGUACGAUGGAUCUCGACGAGUAUCAGAUCGGAGAAAUAAAGAUGUUAGUUGCUUGCGCCUAUAAAGAAGGGAAACUUAAGACGCGCCCUGCUGGUCGUCGCUUCUCUUAA